GGUUCCUUUCUCUUUCUCCGUUCAUGUCGACCAGUCAGGGCGCAAAAGCCACGUGUUGCCGUUUAACCCGUGCGCUGAUUACUCUACUUGCCAGGUAAGACCACAAGUAACUCUUGUGGCGCAACUUCCCCUAGAACCAUGGGGUUCGUCAAAGUCGUGAAGAACAAGGCCUACUUUAAGAGGUUUCAAGUCAAGUUCAAGCGUAGGCGAGAGGGUAAGACUGACUACUAUGCCCGCCGCAGGCUGGUUGUACAGGACAAGAACAAGUACAAUUCACCGAAGUACCGCAUGAUUGUUCGGAUUACAAACCGCGACAUCAUCUGCCAGGUCGCGUACGCUCGCAUCGAGGGUGACGUGAUCGUGUGCGCAGCUUACGCUCACGAGCUGCCGCAGUACGGCGUCAAGCUAGGCCUAACCAACUAUGCCGCCGCGUACUGCACGGGCCUCCUGCUGGCACGGCGCAUGCUGCAGAAGUUCAAGCUCGACGAGAUCUACAAGGGCUGCGAGGAGGCCACCGGCGAAGACUACUGCGUCGAGAGCGAGGACGGGCAGCCCGGCGCGUUCCGUUGCUACCUUGAUGUUGGUCUGGCACGCACGACGACUGGCGCACGGAUCUUCGGCUGCCUAAAGGGCGCCGUGGACGGCGGCAUGGACAUCCCGCACAGCAACAAGCGGUUCCCGGGCUUCGACAACGAGACCAAGGAGUUCAACGCCGAGGUUCACCGCCGACACAUCUACGGACAGCACGUGGCCGAAUACAUGAAGGUACUGCUAGAAGAGGACGAAGAAGCCUACAAGCGGCAGUUCUCGCGGUACAACAAGAUUGGAGUGACUGCCGACGAGAUCGAAGAAAUCUACAAGAAGGCCCACGCUGCCAUCCGCGCCGACCCGACGCACAAGCCCAAGGCUCCGCGCCCCAACAUCGUGAAGAAGCGGUGGAACCGUGCCAAGAUGACCCUGUCCGAGCGUCGCAACAGGAUUGCCCAGAAGAAGGCCUCCUACAUCAAGAAGCUCGAGGCAGGCGACGCCGACUGAAGAACCAACGGCGCGCCGUGAGCGGAAUAAAGCGGUACUCGUUGCCACUGCGGUACAGA